GCCUGGCCGGAGCGGGGAGCGGCCCCGGGCGGGCGUCCUGGACACUCCGGAGAGAUGGAAGCGGCGGCGCCGGCGGCCGAGGCGGCGGGCUGCGAGGAGCUCGAUAUGGAUGUGAUGAGGCCUUUGAUAAAUGAGCAGAAUUUUGAUGGCACGUCAGAUGAGGAGCACGAGCAGGAGCUCCUGCCUGUGCAGAAGCAUUACCAGCUAGACCAGGGCGGAAUCUCAUUUGUACAAACUCUUAUGCAUCUUCUUAAAGGAAACAUUGGAACUGGCCUUUUAGGACUUCCAUUGGCAAUAAAAAAUGCAGGCAUUGUGCUGGGACCAAUCAGCCUUGUGUUUAUAGGAAUCAUUUCUGUUCACUGUAUGCACAUAUUGGUACGUUGCAGUCACUUUCUAUGUCAGAGGUUUAAAAAGUCAACACUGGGUUACAGUGACACAGUGAGUUUUGCGAUGGAAGUCAGCCCUUGGAAUUGUCUCCAGAAGCAAGCAGCGUGGGGACGGAGUGUGGUUGACUCUUUUCUGGUGAUAACACAGCUGGGAUUCUGCAGUGUCUAUAUUGUCUUCUUAGCUGAAAAUGUGAAGCAAGUCCACGAAGGAUUCUUGGAGAGUACAGUGCUAGUGUUGAACAGCUCGGACCCAUCCUACCCAUGUGAGAAGAGAAGCACCGACCUUAGGAUCUACAUGCUUUGCUUCCUUCCCUUCUUGAUCCUUUUGGUCUUCAUUCGUGAACUAAAGAAUCUUUUCAUACUUUCGUUUCUUGCAAACAUCACCAUGGCUGCCAGUCUUGUGAUAAUUUACCAAUAUGUCAUUAGGAACAUGCCAGAUCCCCACAACCUUCCGAUCGUGGCUGGUUGGAAGAAAUAUCCACUCUUUUUUGGUACUGCUGUGUUUGCUUUUGAAGGCAUAGGAGUGGUCCUCCCAUUGGAAAACCAAAUGAAAGAAUCCAAACGGUUCCCUCAAGCACUGAAUGUCGGCAUGGGAAUUGUCAUGGUUCUAUAUAUCACACUGGCUACUUUAGGCUACAUGUGUUUUCGUGAUGAAAUCAAAGGCAGUAUAACUUUAAAUCUUCCCCAGGAUGUGUGGUUGUAUCAAUCAGUGAAAAUUCUGUAUUCCUUUGGCAUUUUCGUGACCUAUUCAAUUCAGUUCUAUGUUCCAGCAGAGAUCAUUAUCCCUGGAGUCAUAGCCAGAGUUCAUGCCAAGUGGAAAAAUCUCUGUGAAUUUGGGAUAAGGGCCUUCUUGGUUAGUAUCACUUGUGCCGGGGCAGUUCUUAUUCCUCGCUUAGACAUCGUCAUUUCCUUUGUGGGAGCCGUGAGCAGCAGCACACUGGCCCUCAUCCUGCCGCCUCUGGUGGAAAUUCUUACAUUUUCCAAGGAGCAUUAUAAUGUAUGGAUGAUCCUAAAAAACAUUUCUGUGGCAUUCACUGGAGUUGCAGGCUUCUUGCUAGGUACAUAUGUAACUGUUGAAGAAAUUAUUUAUCCUACUCUCACAGUUGGCACCCCACAAAAUCCCUUUCUGAAUUUGAACUCAACAUGCUUCACACCUGGUUUGAAAUAGCAGAAGCAGUUAGGUGUCGUCUACCCUUGCCUCAAUCAUGCAAAUGAAUAAGUGAGAUGUGUUGCAGUAUGCUUAAAGAUGAUACCAAGCUGUUCUGUGCAUUUGAGACCUUUUGGCAGUAAACUAGGUUUCUUUAACAAUAAUGAUGAACUAUGGACAGAUCCUUGGUAAUACCCAAAGCAACACAUUUAAAAAAAUCGUUUUGAAAAUUGAAAACAAUUAAAAUUUAAAAAAAUUAAAGAAAAAAUGUUAUUCUUAAUUCUGUAAGAAACACUUUACCCAUGCAUCAUCUUUCUUACUCCAUUGUUGGUUGACUAUUCAGUUGAGAAGAUACAGGAUUUCAAGAAAAAGAGAAGUAAACAAAGGACAUAGUCAUAAAAAUCUCUCUUCAGGCCAUCACACUGAAUAUCAAAGUAAGCAUCAUGUAUAAUGUGAAAAAAUAUUGAUUUUGUUCUUAUUACAUGGCCAGUGCUUGUGACCAGACCCUGGAAGUAUAGAAAAUUCCCAUUAAUCACAAUGUAAGCACCAGGAUGUUCCCAAACCCAGGAUUAUUUUACUGUUCCACUGUGAUGGUAGCUGACCUUCAUAGUAUCAAGAGGGCCUGAGCAGGUCUGACCUGGUGGUUCAGCCAUAGUUGAAAUGCCAGUAAAGAUUCUGAGUACAAGCUCUUCGGUCUCUGGAGGGGCUGGGGUCCCCUACCAGGGAGGUCUGAGUUCAGAGUUUUGAGAUUGAGAACCUGGUGGUUUGGCUCCCAGUCCAGGAUUAUUUUAUGUUUUACAUCACAUCCAAUAAGGGAAAAUUACACUGUUUAAUUUUAGUGUAAAAUGUGUUUAAUUAUAGUUCCCUACUUUGAGAGUGGAUGCAUGAUCUUUCAAUAGUACAUAUGCCCUGAGUGGAAAAUCAGGAAACUCUUAAGGAUCUUGGGUGGUGGCUUCCCAAACCUCAACAGGAAAGAAGCAAAGUCCCUUAUGCAGCAUGGAGGCCACUCUCCUAUCUGUCAAGGGCUUGCUGGCUACAGGUUCUUGGCUGGACCUCUCUUCAUGUUUCCUUCCUCCCCUGCAUUUAUAAGCUCCAUAGAUACUUGGCAAAACACAGGAUCUGUGGGUCUUUCCUGCCCAGACCCAUGAUUUUUCUUAUCACAGUCUUUCAUUGACUGAGCAGAUUAGAAGAACCAUAAAAUGCAUGCAUGGGAAAAGUUGAAACAAUGAUUAAGUCUUCAGAAUAUUGAGAUGCUCCAGACUUCUAGAGAAAUACCUUUGAUUACUGUCUUCAAGUGUACUUAUUAAACAAAACAAAGAAACUUUCCAUCAUCCCAUCCUUAAAAGCACUUACUAAUCCCAAACAAAGAUUCUCAUUUGCUGGGUAAAAUGAAAAUUAUGAAGCUUGAAGGAUUUAGAAGAGGAUUGUCUCCGAUUUUCAAGAGAAGUCCUACUGUAAAACAUGAGCAUUUAAACCAGCUGGUCAUUCACUCAUCGUGACACUGCACAGUGCCGUGAGGAUCACUGCAGAUGUUCUCUAUUUUUGUAUGUAAAUGUUAACUUAUUCAGGUAUUUUUUGCUUACUUCAUUAACUUUUCUUCAAGCAUGAUCCUAAAAUAUAUCAGAAGCUUUAUUUUGGUACAAAUUCAUUAGAUAUAAAACUCUUAAAAACAUUUACAUUAGGUAUUACCAAUAACUGUGAUACUUUUAUAUCUGUUACAUUAAGUCUUUAGUCAUACUAAGAGAAGGUAGAAGCUGUUAUAAGGAGAGUAAUCUUCAUUGAUACAAUUGUGACAACUGCAUUAGAUGCUUUAGAAACUUAUACCGCUAUCAAAUGAAUUAAUAGACAUCCCUUAAUAGGAGGCAGUGUUAGGUUCUUGUCAGUUGUCCUCACAUUAUAGUUUUAGUCUAUAUGUGCAAUUUUAUUUUUGUACUUUUGCUUAUUUUCUUAUGGAAUUAAUCAAGUGCAAUGAAUUUUAAAACUAUUUUAUUUAUAAGAGAGAUGAGAGAAUGGGUGCACCAGGGCCUUCAGCUGCUGCAAACAAACUCCAGACGCAUGUGCCACCUUGUGCAUCUGGUUUAUAUAGGUACUGGGG